AUGGACGCGUCUAGUGGGCGGCCGGCCGCCCUAGGAUCGCUAGCCAGCGGCCACCCGAAAAAAGGAAACCACCUGGUCCCCCUCGAGCGAAAAAGAGGAAACAGUCCACCUGGUCCCUGCCCGUCGGAGCCAAAAAGGCAACUGCCCCGCCCACCAGCUGGCCGCGGGAUCACGUGCACCCUCCUCGCCAAACGUGCACCCUCCUGGCCGCGGGAUCACGUGCACCAGCUGGCCGCGGGAUCUGCCCAGGUUGCAGAAUCCACGCCAUCUCUCGCCCCCACGCCUCAGCCCCACCGACGCUGCCUUCUUCUUCUUCUGCACGCCAGAAACAGAUCCAAACGCAAUCGCCCCCAGCCCUUCUUCCUCCUCCUACACAGCCGCCAUGGGAGCCCCAAAGUAGAAGGAGCUGCUUCAAGAUCUAAAGGGCAGGGUGGUCAGAGCCCAGGCAGUAAGAUCGAGCAGGGAGUGUGUGGCAGCAUCCAAAAACAAGGGGAAAAAAUGCUUGAUCUCAAUGAGUUGCCUCCAGAUCUCAAUGAGCUUCCUCAUGAUAUGGAUCAGCAGCAACCCAGAAUACAACAAGGAAACUGCACAGAAAAUGGUCGAUCUGUUUACUACACGCAGGCAAGUCGUGAUGGUAACCCUACGGGCCAUGACAAUGUGGCAGGCCAGUCAUCAACCCGUGGUGCCCCUGUAGUGAUGUCUUUGCAGUCAGAGAGCCAUACUCUUGAUGACACAGGAACCGAGGCAAAUGUUCCUGGUCCAACCAGGACUGAGCUAGAAGCUGGGGCUUUUGACAGAGUUGUGCAAGUAGAAGAAGGAGAGGAUGAGGCUGGUUCUCAACCUAUGGAACCCUAUGUUGGCAUGAGGUUUGACAGCCUUCAAAUUGCUAAGGAUCACUACAACAGUUACGCACUACGGAUGGGUUUCUCUAUCAAGAUGAACACCUCUAGACGGACACCCCGCACCAAUGAAUUGAUAAAACAACAGUUUUGCUGCAACAAGUUCAAGAAGCCCAAAGCUGAUGAUGGAGGAGCUGAGGCUCCUCCUUACCUGGACCCUAUUCCAGAUCCAACAUCUGUUAACAGUGAUGAGGAGAUGGAAGAAGAACCUCCAAUAUUUGCUGAAGAGGAUGCUGGUACUAGUAAGAAGAAGAAGAAGCGCAAACGUGAGACAAUAAAGCAGACUGAAUGCAAGGCAAAAAUGUUGGUGAAGCUGAUAGAUGGGCGAUGGGAGGUGACGCACUUUGUUCGUGACCACAAUCAUCCGCUCGUGAACAAACCUUCAUUGUCCAAAUACUUGAGAUCCCACCAAGGCAUCUCACCUGAUGAAAAGGAGUUUCUGCGCAUCUUGUAUAACUGCAACUUGACUACAGGACGAAUGAUGCAUGUAAUGGCAGAGUUCUAUGGAUCUGAGAUGAUGGUGCCGUUCGGACCAAAGGCAAUAACAAAUGUUUGUACAAGUUUCCGUAGAGAUGACACAAAGGAGGGUGAUCUGAUUGAGACAAUUGCGCACUUCAAGGAUAUACAAAAAACCGAUCCAGACUUCUUCUAUAAGGUGAAAUAUGAUGAAGAGGAUAGAGUUGUCAACAUAUUUUGGGUGGACGGCUUAGCUCGAAAAGCUUAUGUGGAGGCGUACCACGAUUGCAUAUCGUUUGACACCACCUACAUGACCAACUUGUACAAUAUGCCGUUCACGCCCUUCAUAGGAAUAAACCGACAUGGCCAAUCUUUCAUGCUGGGUUGCGCGUUUGUGAGGCAGGAGUUGGCAUCGAGCUUUGAUUGGGUCUUUGGAGCAUUCCUAGAGGCUAUGGAUGGCAAACCUCCUGACAACUUCAUCACCGAUCAGGAUGGUGCGAUGAGGCAGUCAAUACAGAGCAUCUUUCCAACCACCGUGCACCGUUGUUGUCGAUGGCACAUCAUGAAAAAGGCUCAGGAAAAGGUUGGUUGGUUGCUGUGCCGGAAUCCAGGACUCUCUGAUGAUUUCAACAAGUGUGUUGACUUCAGCUUCACUAUAGACGAGUUUGAGCAGAAUUGGGCUGGGUUAAUGAUCAAGUAUGAGGCUAUGGCACACACGCACUUUAAGAAGUUGUACGAAUACAGGUCAACUUGGGUGCCGUGCUACUUCAAACACAGGUUCUUUCCCUUCCUCCAGUCUACACAGCGUAGUGAGGGGUUCAAUGCCGUCCUCAAAAGAUAUGUGAACCCACACAACUCAAUGUUGAACUUCGUCAAGCAAUAUGAAAAAAUACAGAACCACAUCCUUGCCAAGGAAGGCUGCAAUGAUUGCAGGACACAACACCUUGAGAUUGAGUUGUGGUCCAACUUCCCAAUAGAGAAGCAAGCUUACAAAACCUAUACUAGAGACCUUUACCGCAAGUUUAGAGAAGAGUUUGAGCUGAUUGGACGUUAUAAUGCAUUCCAAGUUGGUGCUGAUGUGUUUGAGCUCAGACCGAACCAGGAAUUUGUUGCGAAAUAUGGUUCUCGAAACUACUUGGUGCAUGCAAGGGUGGAGGAGCGUUCCUAUUUGUGUGAGUGUUGUAAAAUGGACAAGGACGGCAUCCUCUGUUGCCACAUCCUCAAGGUGUUCACCCAUGUUGGCGUUGAUGUCAUACCGGAAAGGUACCUGCUAAGACGGUGGACACCUACUGCUGUACCUAGUGCGCCAGGGACUGGUUAUGAGAAACCGGAUGAAAUGUCUCCUCAAUCAAAGAAGCAGAUAAGGGAGAGGAACAUGAUAUACGAUUUUCGGAAACUAGCAAAGUUUGCGAGUGGUUCUGAUCCAGCACAAGCUAUUGUAUACAAGCAUAUGCGUGCAGCACGUACCGAGAUCGGCCACCUGAACAAGUCCAAGAAAAUGAAAAAACCGACUGCUGCAACGGGGCCAUCAGAUGAUGGCAACCCUCGAGGACCUCCUCCACCUCCAGGCAGCAAUCAGGGGGCUCAUCAUCCAGUUAUGCAUAUGUGUGAUGUCAACACUCAAGGACCUCCUCCCCCUCCUGGCUGUACACGGCAUCCUCCGCCACCUCCUCCCCCGCAUGCUCCUCUCAAUGGCCCUACAGGCAGCACUCAGGGGGCUCGUCGUCUAGGUGAUGCCAACCCUCAAAGACCUCCUCCCCCGCCAGGCCCAACUAGCAGUGCCCUUUGUGCUACUCCCAAUGGACCUACAGGCAGGACUCAGGGGGCUCAUAACCCAGGCGACUACAAUCCAAGUACCAUGACAGGCCGUGCUACUGCAGGUGAUCGUGACGGUCCUACUGCCCCGUUGGAGGCUGCAUCCCAUGCACAAGCUUCUGAUGAUUUUGUGCCCAGAGAUCCUCCAAGGUCUACUACAAAGGGUAGGGCAAAGAGUCGACGGUACAAAUCGGCGCUGGAGCUACACCCAAAGAAGAAAAACAAAUGCAGCCAGUGCCAAUCUACAGAGCACACUGCUGGUGUGUGUCCACAGAGGCUCCUAUGAUUCUGUUUCCUCAUUUGUAACUUUGGAACAAAAAAGGAAAAAUAAUGAUGUCUUUUUUAGCAAUGUUGGGACCAAGUGGACACAUUCAGCAUCUAUGAUUCCUCUUU